AUGUCGUCCCGUGGCCGCGGGCGAGGCCGCGGCUUCGGCGGCUCAAAAGGCAACACUCGCUUCACCGGCAAGCGUAGCGGGCGGGGCGGCACGACCGGCGGAGGAGGAGGCGACAGGCCGGCCCCAGUGAGGCAGGAUGACGGGACUGCUCUCCUCGAGCGAUUCGAGGAAGUUCAGGUCGCCGAUGAGAUUGACGACAAGCUUGGCUUUUGGCGCUUCGAGAGCAACCUCGCCGCCGGCGAGUCCAGAGACGGGUGGCUGGUUAACAUGCACCAGACUCUCGUCAAGUCGGAGACGCAUGCUAGUGGACUAGCGGCUGUUGAUUACUACUUUAUCCAAGAUGACGGUGCGAUGUUCAAAGCGACCAUUCCCUUCGAACCAUACUUCUACGUGGCGUGUCGGGCGGGGACUGAGGGUAUUGUGGACGAGUGGCUUGUGAAGCGCUUUGAGGGAUUGAUAAUCCGCGUCGAGCGCGAGAAGAAGUGGGACCUCAACUUGCCAAAUCACCUUCUCAGCGCUGCACCAGUGUUCUUGAAGCUCUUCUUCCGCAACACUCAGGACUUCCAGGCAGUCCGACGUGAGCUAUUGCCGCUCGCGACUGCCAAUGCGUCCAAGUUCACAGCCGUGGACGCGUACGCGGACGUUGUUGGCGCCGAGGCGGCCAACACUGGAGGCGGCGGACACGACGAAGAGGAAGGCGGUGGCCGCGCGUGGGGCGAGGACGAGGACGCGCGAAAACGCAAGGAGAAGGAGCCAGCAGAUUGUAUCAUCGAGGUGCGCGAGCACGAUAUCGCAUACUACCUCCGUGUCGCCAUUGACCUCAACCUUCGUGUAGGACUGUGGUACAACGUCUCGUCGAGUAUGGGCGUCACCAAGAUGGAACGCCUGACGGACCGUGUCAAGCGUGCCGAGCCCGUUGUCAUGGCGUACGAUAUCGAGACGACCAAACAACCGCUCAAGUUUCCCGACCAGCAGACGGACCAGAUCAUGAUGAUCUCGUACAUGAUCGAUGGGCAAGGGUAUCUCAUUACCAAUCGCGAGAUUGUCGGUGACGACAUCGAUGACUUCGAGUACACUCCGAAGCCCGAGUACGAAGGUGAAUUCACGAUCUUCAACGAACCCGAUGAGGCAGCGACCAUCCGGAGGUGGUUUGAGCACAUCCGCGACGCAAAGCCGACCGUCAUGGUGACGUACAACGGAGACAGCUUCGACUUUCCGUUCGUCGACGCACGCGCCAAGAUCCACGGCAUCAGCAUGUACAACGAGAUCGGCUUCCGGCCAGACAACGAGGGCGAGUACAAGUGCACCGCGUGCAUGCACAUGGACUGCUUCCGAUGGGUAAAGCGCGACUCGUACCUCCCACAAGGAAGUCAAGGCCUCAAGGCUGUCACGACUGCCAAGCUCGGCUACAACCCCAUCGAGCUUGACCCAGAACUCAUGACGCCGUACGCGAUCGAGCAGCCACAGAAGCUCGCCGAGUACUCGGUGUCCGACGCCGUCGCGACUUACUACCUCUACAUGAAAUACGUCAACCCGUUCAUCUUCUCGCUGUGCAACAUCAUUCCCCUCAAUCCCGACGAAGUGUUGCGAAAAGGCACGGGCACGCUCUGCGAGACGCUUCUCAUGGUCGAGGCGUUCGAUGGCGGUAUCAUCAUGCCGAACCGGUACGAGGAACCCCAUGGUGUCACGUUCGAUGGCCACCUGCUAGCAUCCGAGACGUACGUCGGCGGACACGUCGAGGCUCUUGAGGCUGGCGUGUUCCGCGCUGACAUCCCGACACACUUCAAGGUCGUUCCUAGUGCGAUGCAGCAGCUCCUGGACGAACUUGACGACGCUCUCAAGUUCGCCCUGGAAGAGGAGGGCAAGAUCAAGCUCGAGGAUGUGGAGAACUACGACGAGGUCAAGGCCGAAAUUGCAGCCAAGCUCGAGAUCAUCCGCGAUGAGCCAAACCGGUUUGACCCACCAUUAAUCUACCACUUGGACGUCGCGGCGAUGUACCCAAACAUCAUGUUGUCCAAUCGACUCCAACCAGAUUCAGUCAAGGAUGAGGCGGAUUGUGCAGUGUGUGACUACAACCGGCCAGACAAGGUGUGCGACCGGCGGCUCGAGUGGGCCUGGCGUGGCGAAUACUUCCCAGCUAAACGCGACGAAGUCAACAUGGUCCGUUACGCUCUCGAGCAGGAGUUCUUCCCGCCGAAGUAUCCGAACGGACCAAAGCGUCGCUUCGUCGAUCUGCCACCCGCCGAGCGGUCGGCGCUCCUUCACAAGCGUCUAGGUGACUAUUCGCGAAAAGUCUACAAGAAGACGCACGAGACCAAGGUUGUUACGAAGACGGCAAUCAUCUGCCAGCGCGAGAACUCAUUCUAUAUCGACACUGUACGCGCGUUCCGUGACCGUCGAUACGAGUACAAGGGCUUGCACAAGACGUGGAAGCAGAAUCUGGACAAGGCGGUGGACAAGGGUGGCGCGCUGCAGGUCGUCGACGAAGCCAAGAAGAUGAUUGUGCUGUACGACUCGCUGCAGCUCGCCCACAAGUGUAUUCUCAACUCGUUCUACGGCUACGUCAUGCGGAAGGGUGCGCGCUGGUACUCGAUGGAGAUGGCUGGCAUCACCUGUCUGACGGGCGCGACUAUUAUCCAGAUGGCGCGCCAGAUCGUCGAACAAAUCGGGCGUCCCCUCGAGCUCGACACCGAUGGUAUUUGGUGCAUGCUUCCUGGUGCCUUCCCCGAGGACUUCAAGUUCAAGCUUAAGGGCGGCAAGAAGUUCGGCAUCCAGUACCCCUGUACCAUGCUCAACCACCUUGUGCACCAGCGCUUCACGAACCACCAGUACCACGAGCUGGUGGACAAAAGCACAGGCGAGUACGAGGUGCGCAAGGAGAACUCGAUCUUCUUCGAGUUGGACGGCCCGUACAAGGCGAUGAUCCUGCCGUCGUCCAAGGAGGAGGACAAGCUGCUCAAGAAGCGUUACGCCGUGUUUAACUUUGACGGCUCGCUUGCCGAGCUGAAGGGCUUCGAGGUCAAGCGUCGAGGAGAGCUGCAGCUCAUUAAGAUCUUCCAGUCGCAGAUCUUCGACAAAUUCCUCUUGGGCUCAUCGACAGAGGAAUGCUACAAGGCGGUCGCAGCUGUUGCCGACCAGUGGCUCGACAUCCUGCAGAGCAAGGCGUCAAGUCUGCACGACGAGGAGCUCGUCAAUCUCAUCGCUGAGAACCGUUCCAUGUCCAAGACGCUUGCCGAGUACGCCGGGCAGAAGUCGACGUCGAUCAGUACCGCUCGCCGUCUGGCCGAGUUCCUUGGCGAGCAGAUGGUCAAGGACAAGGGUCUCUCUUGUCGCUUCAUCAUCUCGGCCAUGCCCAACGGUGCCCCUGUUACAGAGCGCGCUAUUCCUGUUGCCAUCUUCGACGCCGACCCCGCUGUCAAGAAGCACUUCCUCCGCAAGUGGACAAAGGACAGCAGCAUGGCAGACUUUGACAUGCGCCAGAUCCUCGACUGGGGUUAUUACACCGAGCGUCUGGGGUCAGUCAUCCAGAAGCUGAUCACCAUCCCCGCAGCACUGCAGAAGGUGCCUAACCCCGUCCCGCGUAUCCGUCACCCAGAUUGGCUGUUUAAGCGCGUCGCCGCGCGCGAGGACAAGUUCCAGCAACACAAGCUCACAGAUAUGUUCGCCAAGAUGCGAGCGGUCGCGCCGGACAUAGAGGACUUUGGCAAGGGCGAGUCGAUCAACAAGCCCAAGGUGGCUGUCGUCAAGCGGAACAAGAAAUCCAAGUUGCCUGAGCCAGUUCCAGACCCACUCGAGGACUACUCGGGCUACCUGCGUGUCAUGCGCAAGGUGUGGCGUAAGCAGCGUGCGGACCGGAACCGUGUUCGCAAGCAGGGCGGCCCGCGUCUUGAUGGCACCGUGUCGUCCUUGAUUCGGACACAGUCGUCCACGCUCGCAUCCCGCCAGUGGGACAUCCUCCAGAUCGCGUCCACCUCCCGGCCAGGCGAGUUCCGUUUGUGGCUGGCGAUCGACAAUACGUUCCAGAGCGUGAGGCUGCGAGUGCAACGUGAGUUCUACCUCAACUUCAAGCAGCGUCCGGACGCCGAUACGUUCUCGGACCGCUAUGAGGCGUUCCAAGUCUCACGGGUUCUCCCGCGAGGCCAGGCGCCCCGUCACCUCUUCCGCCUCCAAGUCGAGGAGGGUUUGUAUGUAGAGGGCGAAUCACACUUCUCGAGCUUGAUCAAUCACCCCAACGUCGACGGUGCAUUCGAGCUCCAGGUCCCGCUCAUCAUGCGGGCUCUUUUAGGCCUCGGCACGGCAUGCGGUCUCAAGUCUGCUUCGAUUGGCGGCCUCAACCGCGGUCUCGAUAAGGGUUUUGACCUGUCCGAACUCGAGCGCCCAGCCGCGAGUGUAAUCCGCCACAAGUACCUCAACGGCGGCCAGAACUUGCGAUACUACUUCCUGUUCCACGCCACUGUGCAAUCGCGCCACCUGAUCGCGCUGUUCCCUCCCAGGGGCCCGACCAAGAUCUACGUCGUAGAUGGCGCGCGUAACCGCCAGCAGCUUCCCAAUCCUGCUCGAUGGUACGCGGAACGCAUCGACAACGUGUCGAGGGGAGGUGCGUUCGAGUAUGCUGAUGAGCUCGACACGGACGUCAACUACUACCCUACCGAGGCUGGUGCGAUGCGCCAGCUCGUCAAGGACUUGCAGGGCGUCCGUGGCGGCAUGAACGUCAUCGCACUGUGCUCACCGUUCGACCACGAGUACUACCAGGCACGCCACUCCGUCUUCUCCGAGUUCCCUGUGAUCACAGUCCGCCCCAUGAAGGAGGACGAGGCUGGGAUCAUGUGGCAGGUCAACACAGCCCGCCGCAUGAUUGUGCAAUACCUUCGUCUGUCGGCGUGGAUCAAGGCCCAGAUCGAGAUUGCUGCGCACUACGACGUGCCUCUCGGCAACCUGGGCGACGACCCACCCGUCUUUCUCGCCGACCUCGAGUUUUCCCGGCGGCUCAAGCAGCAGGACAUGCUCCUGUGGUGGUCGCCGUCACCGAAACCCGACCUCGGCGGAGCUGAGGAGGACGCAAACGGAAGCGACGAGCCGGCAGCCCCCCAGAUCUCAACACGUGGAUGCUACUCAUCAGUUGUUCUCGAGCUCGAGCUCGCGGACAUGGCGAUCAACGCUGUGCUCCAAUCGGCCCUUGUCAACGAGAUGGAGGGCAGUGGUUCCGGCUCGCUGGCAUUCGGCGCCGCCUCACACAACCUCGACGAGUACGCGCAGGGAACGAACAGUGGAAGUGUCACGCUCGGCGACGCAGUCUUGUCGAUCCAGACGUUCACGGUCCUGAAGUCGAUGGUGCGCAGUUGGUUCCUUGACAAGGCGCGCGCACAUAUCCGAGGAGUGGCGCAUUCGCCCGCCGACAUUGUCGUCGACCAGUUCUGGCGGUGGAUCAGCUCAAGCUCGAGCUGCAUGUUCGAGCCCGCGCUGUACCGCUUCUUGCAUGGGCUGAUGCGCAAGACGCUCCUCCAACUCCUGGCGGAGUUCAAGCGCCUCGGGACAACAGUCGUUUACGCCGACCUCAACAAGGUCUUCCUGCUGACGUCAAAGCCGGACGCGGGUAGCGCCUUUGCUUUCGCAAAGUACCUCGUGACGGCGGCUAACUCGCACGACCUCUUCCGCCACAUCGUUAUCGACGUCGUCCACUACUGGAACUACCUCGCGUGGAUGGACAUCGCCAACUUUGGCGGGGUGCGCGUCCCGCCGCAGAUCGCGGCUGCCUCCCAGGCGCCCAGCAAGGACCACGCGCUCGAAGUUAGCAUGGACUGGAACAUCGGGGCGUUCCUCCCGACGGAAGUGCAGGUUUGCUUUGAACGCCGCGUCGGCGAGUUCAUCUGCGAGCUGUACAAGGCCAAGCUCGAGGCGAGCGACGGCCGUGGCCCACUUCGCCCGGUGCACACGCUCAACAUGGACGCGGCAGACGCUGCCGCUGUCAACCCGGCCAAGGAGAAGGAGCGCAUGGCAGCGGCCAAGGUCAUCAGCACCAAGCUCACGCGCAAGCUGCUCGAGGACGUGACACGCUUCAAGCGGCAGCAGGCGGCGGCGCACGCCAACGGAGACGACGAGGUACUCGCAUUCCCUGACCUGCCCGGCACCAAAGGGCGUGUGCGUGGACGUGAGAAUGCCGCCCUUGAGUUCAUCAAGUCAGUGUGUGAGGUGCUUGGCCUCUCAACAGAGAAUAGCGAGGCGGUCAUCAUUCUGCGGCGCAGCCUCCUGCAACUCGUCGACGUGCGCGAGUUUUCAUCAGAGGCAACAUUCCGUAACCCCGGUGAUAGCCUUGUCGUCCCCAUGAUCAGCUGCGGGCGCUGCAACGCGAUCCGCGACGUCGACCUGGGCCGCGAUCCCGACUGCCUGCCGAGUGUCGACCUUCUGACAGGCGAGAAGCACCCGGCCCCGCGCGACAUGUGGGCAUGCGCACGUUGCGGAAGUCCAUACGACCGUUUCCAGAUUGAGCACCCGCUCAUCGACAUGGCGUCGCGCCUCGUCGCGGCGUGGCAGACGCAGGACGUUGUGUGCCUCAAGUGCGGCGAGGACGCAAGCACGAACCUCGUGCCAACGCAUAAGUGCGGCGGUUCGUUCCGCCCAUUCUUAAACCGCGGCGACAUUGGUGCGCGACUGCGUAUGAUUGACUCGGUCGCGCAGUCUCACAAGCUCGAGAUGACGGCCGAGUAUGUGGGGCAUGUACUGGCGCGGUGGUAG